AGGGCACUGGGGUCCCGCGGCGCUGCCGGCUCCGCCUCGCUCGCGGCCCGCCGCCGCCUGCCGCGUGAGGUUGCCAGUAGGAGCCCCCGCGCUCAGAGGCCAGACUUGUGCGCAUCUCCGGGUGCCCGCGCGCCGUGCACCUCAGGGACCCCCACUGUUGGAGGGGGGACACGGGGGUUAAUUAUCCCCGGACAUUCCUAAUGUACAGCAUGAUCCGCGCGAGGGAAGUGCGGCCCGGGACCCCUCGGGGACAGGGUGCCUAAUCCCCUUCUUGAAGGGACAGAGACUCCGGUCAGCCCCCGCGUGCCAGAUCUUCGGAGGAGUCUCUAUGCUGACGAGCGUGUUAGCAGUCGGCAUGACUGAUGCAGCCGGGGCCCGGCACCCUUCGCGGCGCCAGGCCGAGGGGAGGCCGGACGUUGGCUUCCCUUUUCACCCCUGAGGAAGUCGGGGCUUUAACCCCGUGCACUGCCAACCCGAGGACCAAAGGAGGGCCACCCAGGUGGGCCUGGCUGCCACUUCCCGGUCUGGUGGCGCCGAAAUGAUGUCAUCUCCACUAGUCUCUACUUCGCAACUUAAGAUCGUCCUUUGAUUAUUGACCAAAACUGAGGAAACUGAGGCCGAGGGAGGGGGCCCGCUUGCCCAGUGAAGUUUCUCCUGAGAGGCGCCAGAGGAGCUGCCUGGAAACGAGGUGCAUGCCUUUGAAUCUGGACCAGGCCAUGUGACUUCCCUUUACCAACAGAAUGAGGUGGAAGCGACCAUGUGCCAUUUCCAAGCUGAGGCUUCCUGACACCUUGCAUGUCUCCUUUUGUACUCCGUGCUUCUGCCAUUGCCAUGAUCAAGACACCACCCAUGUUGGCCCGGUGGUCCCAAGAGGAAGAAAAGAGACUCAUGAAGAGCCAGAUUGCCUCAGCAAAGGUCCACCAAAACCAUCCCCCAGCUGAACUCAGAUGGAGUCGUGAGCAUGCUGCGCUUCCUGGUGCCUGUGCCCCGACUGCUCUGCCUCUAUGGCAGGACUGCCCCAUACUCUUCGGCAGCCGCCCUCCCCAGCCCCAUCCUGAAUCCAGACAUCCGCUACAACCAGCUGUUCAUCAACAAUGAGUGGCAAGAUGCAGCCAGCAAGAAGACCUUCCCAACAGUGAACCCCACCACAGGAGAGGUCAUUGGCCACGUGGCUGAAGGGGACCGGGCUGAUGUGGAUCGGGCUGUGAAAGCAGCCCGUGAGGCCUUCCGCCUGGGGUCUCCGUGGCGCCGGAUGGAUGCUUCAGAGCGGGGCCGGCUGCUGAACCGCCUGGCUGACCUUGUGGAGCGGGAUCGUGUCUACCUGGCCUCACUGGAGACCUUGGACAACGGGAAGCCUUUCCAGGAGUCUUAUGUCUUGGACCUGGAUGAGGUCAUCAAAGUAUACCGGUACUUUGCCGGCUGGGCCGACAAGUGGCACGGCAAGACCAUCCCUAUGGAUGGCGAGCAUUUCUGCUUCACCCGGCAUGAGCCUGUUGGUGUCUGUGGCCAGAUAAUCCCAUGGAACUUCCCCUUGGUCAUGCAGGGCUGGAAGCUUGCCCCAGCGCUUGCCACAGGCAACACUGUGGUCAUGAAGGUGGCAGAGCAGACCCCCCUUUCUGCCCUGUAUUUGGCCUCCCUCAUUAAAGAGGCGGGCUUUCCCCCUGGGGUGGUGAACAUCAUCACUGGCUAUGGCCCGACGGCAGGAGCGGCCAUCGCCCAGCACAUGGAUAUUGACAAAGUUGCCUUCACCGGCUCCACUGAGGUGGGCCACCUGAUCCAGAAGGCGGCUGGCGAUUCCAACCUGAAGAGAGUCACCCUGGAGCUGGGCGGGAAGAGCCCCAGCAUCGUGUUGGCCGACGCUGACCUGGGCCAUGCUGUGGAGCAGUGCCACGAAGCCCUAUUCUUCAACAUGGGCCAGUGCUGCUGUGCAGGCUCCCGGACCUUCGUCGAAGAAUCCAUCUAUGAUGAGUUUCUCGAGAGAACCGUGGAGAAGGCUAAGCAGAGAAGAGUCGGGAACCCCUUUGAACUGGACACUCAGCAGGGGCCCCAGGUGGACAAGGAGCAAUUCGAACGAAUCCUGAGCUAUAUCCGGCUUGGCCAGAAGGAGGGGGCAAAACUUCUCUGCGGUGGGGAGCGUUUGGGGGAGCGUGGUUUCUUCAUCAAGCCCACGGUCUUUGGUGGUGUGCAGGAUGACAUGAGGAUCGCCAGAGAGGAGAUCUUUGGGCCUGUGCAGCCCCUGUUUAAAUUCAAGAAGAUGGAGGAGGUGAUCGAGAGGGCCAACAAUACCAGAUAUGGCUUGGCUGCCGCCGUGUUCACUCGGGACCUGGACAAAGCCAUGUACUUCACACAGGCACUCCAGGCUGGCACAGUGUGGGUAAACACCUACAACAUUGUCACCUGCCACACGCCAUUUGGAGGGUUUAAGGAAUCUGGCAAUGGGAGGGAGCUGGGGGAGGAUGGGCUAAAGGCCUACACCGAGGUCAAGACAGUUACCAUCAAGAUUCCUCAGAAGAACUCAUAAGAAUGGCCACCACAGAGACCCUCCUCCAGUCCAGGAAUUCCAUAAUCACCUAGACCAGCAGUUGCCAAAUCAUUUUUUAGCCCUAGCCCCCACUUUAUUUGUCCCAAAUGAACUCUUUGAGGGAAGCUCACCAAAUAAAGCAAUUGAAAUGAGAGCUGCUCUAGUUAAAGCAGGGUUGGGGACUGGGCUCAAAGUUCUACCCACCUGCCCUUUGGUCCCAGCCCCCUUGGUGGCCCUGAGUUACUUCCAUGAAAUCUUGGGAGUCUAGAAAAUACAUUGAAGACCACCUGGACAGUGGCUUUCAGUUCUUCCUUCUGAUCCAAGAACUUCCCAGUGGAUUAACCUGAUGGCUAGGCGUUAACCUGAUGGGAAGGCGUUAGGAGUUUCGAACUAGGUGGAUGCCAAAUCUUGGCCCCAUUUUUCAGUGACUUAACCUAAAAAUUAAGGAUGCUUUUCCUUUUUAAAUUACCAGUUAUCAGGCUGUUUCGCUUGCUUACCCUACAUUUUGUUACUGAUUUUUCUUCAUUUGAGGGAAGGAGUGGACAAAGAAGGCAUUUAUAUAACCAUUCCUUUAAAGUAAACAACCCAAGUGUCCAUCAGUUAGUGAGUGAGUGGAUAAGUGAAAUGUUUCCAUGGGAUAUUCCUUGCACUACUCAGCCAUAAAAGGAAUGAAGUACUGACACAUUCUACAUGGAUGGACCUUGAAAACAUUAGGCUGAGUGGAAGAAGCCAGACAUAUAAGGCCACAUAUUGUAUGAUUCCAUUUAUAGGAGAUGUCCAGAAUAGGCAAAUCCAGAGACCCAAAGUAAAUCCGUGGUUGCCGGGUAUUGGGGGAGGAGAGAAGGGGGAGUAACUGCCAAUGGGUAUAGGAUUUCUUUUUGGGAAGUUUUGAAGGGUUCUGAAGUUGGAUAGUAGUGAGAGUUGUUCAGCUUUGUGAACAUACUAAAAAGUGCUGAAUUGCACAGCGAUUCACAUAAAAGGAUGAAUUUUAUGAUAUGUGAAUUAAUUUCAAUUAAAAAUUAAAUAAAAAUACUCAUAAUUCCAUUUGCAAAUGAA